GAUUUUUGAAGUUGGGAGUCGGCGCGGAAACGGAGAGCCGGUUCUGGAUUGUGAAAUUCAGUUUUGAACAGGAAACCGGGAAGAGAAAGAAGAAAUUUUGAUGCAACUGUUGGACGGUGGAAAAGGUGGUUGUGGAAUAAUCUGGACUGUGACUGAAUGGCUAAUAGUAGUGGAGGACUUUCUGAGGAGGAAGAGAUGGACAUUGAAUGGACAAGAGUAGACAAAAAUCGGAAAGGAGGAGGAGGAAGGAAGGAAAGGAAAAAUGACACAGUGACAACACCAGGCAAACGAGCACUUGAAGAGGAUGAGGAAAGAAGUGAAGCACGGAAAAAAAUAAUGAAGGAAGAGUUUAAGAUGACUCUUAAAUUUAAAGCUGGAGAUGAGGUAUUGUCUGAGGAAGUGUGCCCUUCAGACCGGCGUGUACUGGUGACCGGAGCCACUGGACUUCUUGGACGUGCGGUCUACAAGGAGUUCCAGAACAAUGGCUGGGAAACGCUGGGAUGUGGAUACACUCGAGCUUGGCGUCACUUCCUCAGCUGCAACCUGCUGGAUGAGGACGCUGUGCGGGCGGUUAUUUGCAACUUCCAGCCUCAUGUGAUCAUACACUGUGCUGCUGAGAGAAGGCCAGACGUGGUGGAGCAUCAUACAGAAGCAGCCUUGAACCUCAAUGUACAUGCAUGCACUACACUAGCAAAAGAAGCAGCUGGCAUCUUUCUGAUCUACAUUAGCACCGAUUACGUGUUUGAUGGACGCAAUCCCCCAUAUGGAGAAAACGACACCCCCAACCCGUUAAACAUGUAUGGGAAAUCAAAGCUUCGAGGGGAAGAGGAGAUACUCCGACACUGUCCAGGUGCUGCAGUACUCAGGGUGCCUAUUCUAUAUGGAGAGGUGGAGAAGGUGGAGGAGAGUGCCGUCACUGUGCUGUGGGAUCGCGUUCAGGAAGGAGCUGAGAGCUCAACUGUAGACCACUGCCAGCAGCGCUUCCCCACCUAUACCAGCGAUGUAGCACGUGUCUGCAGGAACAUGGCUGAACGAGGGCUUCAGGACUCGUCCUUGCGUGGGAUCUUCCAUUAUUCUGGAAAAGAGCAAAUGACCAAAUAUGAGAUGGCGUGUGCUAUGGCAGAGGCAUUUAACCUGCCCAAGAAUCACCUGAUACCGCUGACGGAGCAGCCUGCCGGAGCCGGCGCUCAGAGGCCGCAGAACGCACAGUUAGAAUGUUCUCGUCUGGAGCUUCUUGGGCUGAGCGUGGAACAGACUCCGUUUAGGACAGCGAUUAGAAACUGCCUCUGGCCAUUCCUCCAUGAGAAACGCUGGAGACAGACCGUCUUUCACUGAGCCAGAAAGCACACAUUCCUGACUUUGACAGAAAAUAGGGCCAGCCUGUUUUACAAGUGGAACAGCUUUACUUCAUACGGGUUCUAUAGGAGUAUCAGGCAAAAGUUCGGACACGCCUGCUCUUCAUAGGUUUUUCUGUAUUUUGACUUUUUACACUGUAGAACGAUACUGAAAAUAUCAAUACUAAAAAACAACAUAUAGAGGCAUGUGGUAAAGUAUUUUUUUAUUUUUUUAAAAGCCUCAAAACAAAAUAGUCCUAUUCCACAAUUGUAGUAAUACAUGUGUCAAGAACCACUCCACUAAGUAAAGAGAAACAUCCAUCAUUACUUGAAUUAUUUUUAUUUUUUUUUAAAUUCAUUAAAAUAGAGACAAACCAUUUGAAUUAGGUGUGUCCAAACUUUUGACUGGUACUACAUAUGAGCACACGCGCACACACACAGCAGCUAAUUUUAAAUUUUAUUCUUGUUUUCCUAUCGCACUAUAGGUAAUGGUAUUGUUGCUCAAGGCGGUUGAGGGUAAAUUGUGUCUGCUCUUUAGCCAUAUUCUAUCACGAAUGUAGAAAAAAGCUGGCUGUUUGUGAAAUUAAGUGUACCGGGGAUGGCAGUGUAACGUAGAAUAUAUUAACAGUUUGCUUAGUCCAUAUUGCAGAACACAAUUUUGUUAGUAUGUUAAGUUUUUGUUGUUAAGUAAAUUCUGUUUGACAAAUUCCUAGCAAAUGUGGAAAAAGUGAAAAACAUUUUAACUUUAAAUAGCUUGUCUCUUAUUUUCAGAUUGAACAAUUGCAGAUUAAUGCACUAAAACUCAUUAAAUCAUUGCUUAGAACAUGCACUGAAGCACAAUACUGAUCAAGAGUCUGUUUUUUACAGCACAAUGGAACCUUAACAGUCUUUAUAAAAUAAAUGUUGUAAUACUAAUAGUAAAA